AUGGCUGCUAAGGCAGCGCACAGACUCAAUGCGUACGGACAAUGGACACAAGACACGAGGCACACCCGGCUCCCGGGUGGGGUGGGUCUCUUGCCGGAAUUUUCCAUCAAAACUGACAUGAUGAUCCCGCGCUACUUCUUUGGAAGAAGAUACGGGAUCGUGAUACCGACAAGAGAAGAAUGUAAUGCCCGCAGGGACAGUCUACCAGGAACUGGGGACGUCUGGUACACAGAUGGCUCUAGGGCAGAGACUGGCACUGGUUCGGGGUACUACUGCCAAAGGGAUGGAAGGGAAACCUUCUUUUCCCUGGGGCUGUAUGCUACGGUCUUUCAGACCGAGAUAUACGCUAUACUGACCUGCGCUCAGAGGAACAUUGAACUCAGCGCAAGGGAUAGAAUUAUCACCAUUUGCUCAGACAGUCAGGCGGUACUUAGAGCACUUAUGGCUCAUAGGACGACCUCCAGACUGGUCUGGGAAUGCAAAGUGGUUGUAAAUCAGCUGACCGUUCACAACAACAAGGUCAGGCUGCUCUGGGUUCCAGGGCACACCGCGAUCCGGGGUAACGAUAUAGCAGAUAGACUUGCAGCUUUGGGAGCUAAACAUCCUCCAAUUGGGCCGAAGCCCUACACAGGUGCCGGAAGGUGCCUGCUAACGGGCGAAAUCCGGGGCUGGCUUGAGAGGGAGCAUACUAAGGAAUGGCAAGGAACUCAAGGAUGCAGAGAAGCCAAAGCGGUAAUGGGACAGGACACCAAUGUCGGCUGGACCAAGUGCAUCGCAGGAGGCAGCAGAAAUAACUCCCGACUCCUAACACAGAUAGUGACCGGGCACAUUCGUUUAAGGUACCACGGUCUGAAGAUGGGGAAUAAGGCUACGGGUAUAUGCAGGUAG